AUGGGCGGCGCCGCGGCGGGACCCUCAGGCCGGGCCCGACGCCCGUCCCCGCCCGCAGCCCCUCCUGCCUGCCUGGACCCGUGGCCAGGGGACCGGCCAGCACCUAGCCAGGCCCAGCCACCCGGCCAGGCCCAGCCACCCGGCCAGGCCCGCGGGCGCGCGCUCGGGACCUGUCUCUGUGACACACAAUCAGCGCAGACUGCAGCGCGGUCCAGCCCCGCCAGCCCGCCUUGGACACUUGGGCACCAGGAGGCUUCGCCGGCCCCGCUGGGCCAUGAAAUGAACAAAACGAUUUUCUGCCGGAGGAGGAAAAGCCCGCAUCGAGACCCCUCAGAGCGGAAUCCCACUCCUUCUGCGCCAGCCGGACUGCCCCCACUUUCUUGCCGGAAAAGGACGCCCGGCAUCUCCCUGCCUUGGCGCCGGGGCUCAGUAGGACCAGUUUCCGUCCUACCCGAGUUACGAACUCCAUGCUCCCAACCCCAGGCCCGACGCAGACUCAAUCAGCCAGUGGGUGGCAGGAAGGCGCUUCCGAGCGGGCGUCUGGGCCUGCUGCGGGUCUUGUCUGUCUCUCUGGCCCUGCCCCAGCCGGCCCGGCCCUCGCAGGCUCGCUUAGGGGAAGGGGCUUCCCCUUACCCUCGGGCCGCCCAGCCCCGUAGUUGCUCUCUCGGUAGCGGCGAUGCGCCCUGCAUGUCUCCUCACCCGUGGAUCAGACCGCAGAGGCAGCGCACUCGCUGCGCAUCGACCUCCCGGGCAGGCCGGGUUCACUGGUUGACGCUGCUGCGCUCCCCGUACCCCGCGCAGGCCAGAGGCCAAACCGCAGCAGCUGGACCUGGUGCGCCCGGUGGCGUGCGUUGGCUGUGUCCCGCAGCGGGCCUGCAGGUGGACGCGAGUGUCUCCCGCUGCCGCAGUGCCCGGGGCCCCACCGCUCCCCGCCCCCGCGCACAAGCCAAGGCCAACACGGCCGAGCCCGGGAGGCGCGCGCCCCCGCCUUCGCCCGUGCACGUGACGGGCUAA